AUGUCCGUCCGCUACACCUCCGAUUCCGUUUCCCCCGCCCCUCUCGGCCAACCCCUCACAUUCGCCUUCUCAAACCGUACCGCGCCAAACCGCUUCCUCAAAGGCGCAAUGUCCGAACGCCUCGCCUCCUGGUCGCCCACCGAGCCCUCCGCCCGCGGCAUUCCCUCACCCAUACUCAUCAACGCCUACCGCCAUUGGGGCGAGACCGGCAGCAUCGGUGUCAUCCUCUCUGGUAACGUCCUGAUCGAGUACGACCAGCUGGAAGGACCGGGCAAUAUGGUCGUGACGAAGAAGGAGGAAGCGAAGGAGGGCGAUGUGAGGUUUGAGGCUUACAAGGAGAUGGCGAGGCAGGCGAAGAAGGGGGGAAGCCUGUUUGUGGCACAGUUGAGUCAUCCGGGAAGGCAGGUGCAGGAUACGAUUCAGAAGCAUCCGAUUUCCGCGAGCGACGUCCAGCUCGAGGGCAACAUCAUGGGCAUGACCUUCGCCAAGCCUCGACCCGCGACCCUCGAAGACAUUCAAAAUGUCAUCUCCUCUUUCGCACAUGCCGCCUCCUACCUCGAAGCCGCAGGUUUCGACGGUAUUGAGCUCCACGGCGCCCACGGCUACCUCUUCGCCCAAUUCCUCUCUCUCACCACCAACAAGCGCACUGAUUCUUACGGUGGCUCUCUCACCAACCGUGCCCGCCUCAUCACCGACGUCGCCGCCGCCAUCCGCAAAGUCACAAAACCGAACUUCAUCCUCGGCAUCAAAAUCAACAGCACCGAGUUCCAGGCGAACGGGUUCCAGCCUGAGGAGGCGAAGGAGCUGGUACGGAUCCUGGAGGAGAACACGUUCGAUUUCGUCGAGCUGAGCGGGGGAACGUACGAGCAGCUGGUGUUCUAUCACAAGCGGGAGACGACGAAGAAGAGGGAGGCGUUCUUCAUCGAGUUUGCGGAGAUGAUCGCGCCGGGGCUGAAGAAGACGAAGGUGUACGUCACGGGUGGGCUCAAGACUGUUGGUGCGAUGGUAAACGCUCUCGAUACGGUCGACGGAGUCGGCCUCGGACGUCCUCUCGCGCAGGAGCCGGCGUUCUGCGCGGAUAUACUCUCGGGGAAGGUGCAGGGCGCGAUCGCGCAGAAGCUGGACCAGGACAGUUUCGAGAUUACGAAUGUGGCGGCGGGGGUGCAGAUCAGGCAGUUUGGGAAGGACGAGCAGCCGGUGGAUCUGAGUGUGCAGGAGAAUGUAGAUGCGUUCAUGGCGGAUCUGGGUAAAUGGGUGGAGAAGAUGGGGAAGGACACGGAGAGGAAGGAGUAUGGGUAUAUGGAUCUAUCAGCGAAGGCGAUCCCGUACGGGGCGGUUGCACCCACUACUCCUGCUUGA